GCUCCUUGCCCAGCUGUUGUAGAGUGUGAGACGUCUGCAGAGUUUCGUGGAGAUACUGAAUAACUGGAACUUAUGAAACUGACGGUUUAUGUGCACAGCAGCGGAUCAAGCGCAUUUACGCAGUGCUCAUAGCGCCCAGUCGUUUAUAAAGUGCUCUUAUUAAUGUUUUUUUCUCGGGUCACUCCAUCAGGAGUGUGCGAUCCACCUGCGGUCCGGUCGAGCAGCGCGUCUGAACGCACAUGGAUUACAGUACCCUGAUGGCGCCUCCGGUGCCUCCACACAAACCCACAUCCCCCCGGCCUGCGCACUGCCAGGGGCGGCUGCUGAAGUGCGUGUUUCUCGGGGACGGAGCUGUGGGGAAAACCAGCCUGAUUGUCAGCUACACAACCAAUGGAUAUCCAACUAAAUACGUCCCGACAGCGUUUGACGAUUUCUCAGCGGUCGUCCAGGUGGAUGGUCAGCCGGUGAGACUGCAGCUUUGUGACACCGCUGGACAGGAUGAAUUCGAUAAGUUGCGUCACUUCUGCUACACACGGACUGACGUACUCCUGCUGUGCUUCAGCGUCGUCAGCCCCGCUUCCUUCCAGAACAUUGGUGAAAAAUGGGUCCCGGAGAUACGACGGCGUUGUCCGCUCACACCUGUGCUGCUGGUGGGCACCCAGUGCGACCUGCGGCAAGACGUCAAGGUCCUCAUCGAUCUGGCGCGGCGCAGAGAGCGGCCUGUCCUGGAAGAGGAUGCCCGUGCCCUGGCGGACAAAAUAGGAGCGGUAGCCUACGUAGAAUGCUCCUCGCUCACACAGAAAAACCUGAAGGAUGUGUUUGACGCCGCCAUCUCCGUGGGGCUUCGACACUCCGACAGAAGAGCCAGACGAGAACGGAAGGUCCACAGUACUGCUGAUAAAAUGAAAAUGCUUUCAAAGUCGUGGUGGAAGAAAUAUAUCUGCAUACAGUAGCAAAGAUCAAGCCAAUCUUCUGAGGCAUGAACUAUGUGAUAGACUCUGGUUUAGCGUCACGCUCCUCAAGUGGAUGAUGGUCAGUUGGUAACGAAUCAACAAUGAGUAUUGCUGCUGCUGUAAGGACGAUGAAUGGCGGCAGAAGGUGCAGCUUGUUCGGUGGCGACAGUACAAAGGAAGUUGCAGGGCCAGGAUAAAGAUUUCCUGCCCUGGGGCUAUUUAGUAGGUGUAGAGGACCUUAUUAGCCAUGUUUCCAUCCACAGAUUUGUAUGGAUAUUGCAUUAAAUGGUUAGUUCACCCAAAAAUGAAAAUUCUGUCAUUUACUCACCCUCACAUCGUGCCAAACCCGUAAGACUUUUGUUUAUCUUCAGAACACAAAUGAAGAUCUUUUUAAUGGAAUCUGAGAGAUUUCUGUCUCUCCAUUGACGGUCUACGCAACUACAACUUUAACGCCAUAAAAAGAAAUAGUAAGACUAAUCGAUAUGAAUUGAGUGGUAUAUAAACAUUGAUUAGCGAACAUAAACAGAAGCUCAACCGUACUUGCUUGAUGCGCGAGAAAAAACCUCAUUAGUUCUUGCAGAAGCUCAAACGUGCUGCAUAACACGAGAAUGAACCUCAUUGGUUCUCGUAUGUCAAGCAAACAUGCUUGAGCUUCCGUUUUUAUAUCUGAUGUGUAUGUUGAUGAAUGUUUAUAUGUGUGAAUUCAAUCUGGUUGUCAUAUAAAGUGAGAAAAUUCUGACUAAGUCUGACUGACUUAGUUUUACGAUCUCUUUAUGAAAGCGUCAAAGUGGUAGUUGCGUAGCUGUCAAUGGAGGGAUAGAAAUCUCUGAUUUUAUUAAAAAUACCUUCAUUUGUGUUACGGGUUUGAAACAACAUGAAGGUGAGUAAAUGAUGACAGAAUUUAUUUUUGGGUGAACUAUCCCUUUAAAAAUGCUGUAUGGAAAUGCCAAUAUCUGCAUAAAAUCUUAAAAUGGCAAUAAAAAAAACAUACUCAAUUGAGAUGGAUACUUUUUUUAUUUGAUAAGAAACAUAUUUACAGAAUAAAUUCCUGGAUGCGCAACAAAAAAAAAAACUUGCGUGACUUUGUCCUAACGGAUCAUGUGAUUGUAUAACUUGACUAACCAGCAGAUCAAUCUCAUUGCAUACCAUCUCAAAUAUUGUUUUAAUCAUUCUGAAAUGCCUGAGCUAGUGUAUGUCAUCAAAAUUAUUCCCAGAACUGUCUGCAUUCCCAAACAUCAGGCAUUCGAUCGCAAGAUAAUAUGACGGCAUUUGUAAUUGCGCUUCAUCUGCGAACUCUUUCGAGGGGCAAUUUAUUAUGUAAGAAUAAUUAGUCACAGGCUUCCUUGGUUGCAGCAACAUUUUGCAGCAGUUUCCCAUUUUGUUCUCUUGAACGCAUGGGAUGGAAACAGUGCUUUAUUCACAAAUGUUUUAUGCGAUAUUCCAUUUUUUGCACAAUUUUACUUCACAACUUUGGAUGGAAAUGUAGCUAGUGAGACCCUUCAUCACAGAGCCUAGGAAAACGAUCCCAGUCGUGCCUUUGCGACAUCAAUCCUCACUGAAUGAACACUAAAUGACUCAACUGGAUAGUGAAGAACACUGUUGACCUCUUCCACAGCCAAAACAGUCUUGAUUAUGUUUGAAAAAUCAUCUACUGCUCUUGUUUUCAAGACCAAACAAAGUGCCACAGUUUCUAUUUAUUUACUCAUGUCUUCUACCUGAUAAAUUCAUGUUCAAACGUAGUGAGACCACAUGUUCAUGAUGCUAGAAUGCUAACACUGGUGAUCAAGCUCCUUUUAUUUGUUUAACCUCCAUGUCUGAGGUCACAAAGGGGGUUUUAUAGCAGUCCUGUGGCCGCUCGGACAUUUACGCUCACUCUAAAUGGUCCUUGUAUCCCAUCAUGCUGAAGUGUUCAGUCUGCAACUGAACCUACUUGUAAUUAGGCCACGUUUUCAUCGUUUUGAUUGUCCAAAAUAGAGUGUAACUACAACUUUUCUGUCCUUGUUAACACAACUUUGCCUUUGCAAUGUGAGAUGGUGUACUAUCUUGUGUACUAUUAGUCACAGAAAGGUUGACCUAUCAUGCAUAAGACGUUACCUUUGUAUGCCAUACAGUGCAUUGCACUUGUGAUCUCUUGUUAAUCCCUACUGCAGUCUUUUAAUUUGACUUGAUCUUUACUGUCGUGUCAUGUUGUAAAAAGUCCAGUACAAAGUUCUUUGGCUAUGUGUCCUCCUGAUCAGCCAAUGUGAUGUUGAAUUUGCUUCUCAUUAUUCAGAAGCCCAAUCAGAGUCAUUCAGUCAGAGAUCCAUCACAAAUCAAAGGGCAUAACAGUAGGGUUCAGGAAGUAAAAAUCCCCCCAAUUAUCAAUUAUAAAUUGUCAUAGCACCAACAAGUUUGUAGUGCGUAGUUCAUUCCAUAAUUUUCAUUACAUUUUAUUCAUUUACUUCUUUUUUUUCUUUGUACUAAAAUGUUUUUAUUUUAAUUUCUUAAUUUUUUAUUAAACUCCAAUUGAGAAAAUGAAUGGGGAAGAUACUUCCAGAACCAAAGCUGCCUACAGAGUGGUCGCUCACUGUUACGCUCCAUAAAGCCUCACAUCAGGAAGUGGCCUCUGUUCUUUAUGUACUUUAUUGCCACAGCAAUGACAUUAUCAGGGUAAUCUACUUCAAGAUCUGUACAUUUUAUGAUUGCAUUUAAUUUUCUUACUCUAUGAACAUUUCUGUUUAUGGUACAGUGUGUAUGUGUGUUUCGGUUGCUGACUGCUAUCCGUGAUUUUCAUGGAAAAUAAAUGUGACAUUAACUGAAA